GAAUCCUCAAAGUGGGGAUUACCUGUUCAAGGGAAUUACCUGUCCAGCCUCCUCACAAGUCUGAGGAGCAUCUGAAGGAGUUGAGAUAUUUUAGCCAGGCGAGCCAAGACAUUCUCCAGAAUGGCCUCUGGAUUCCAGGGCAGAGGGGCAGAACCUCGUACUCGAUUGCUGUUCAGAGAGAGAGAGAAACCUCUGACUCUGACCCCCUCUGCCUUCCAGGAGGAGAUGUCUCUCACCACCAAGCAGAGGCUGGCCAGAGCUAAGAAGCUGCCUCCCAUUGUCCAGCCUCUAGCCUGCCAUGACAAGGUCUCAGCAGCUGAGCCAAAGCAGAGCGUACUGCAGCCUUGCCCGGCAGAGGUGGUGUUUCAGAAGUACAGGCCUGGUGAGGUCUGUGAAGUGCCAGUGAUUCUGAGGAACAUGGACAAGGUUUCUCAUCUGGUGAAGGUCACCUUGGAGAGCUCCCCUUAUUUCCAGCUGGUGGGCCCCAAUGACGCGUACGGCAAGGUGCCCCCGGGCCUCUCCAGGACUGUGCGCAUCCUCUUCACCCCUGGGCAGAACAAGGAUUACUUCCACCGGCUCGUCUGCGUCACUGAAAGGGAAGAGCUCAUUGUGCCAAUCCGGGCCAUUGGUGCCCGAGCCAUCCUGCAGUUCCCUGACCAGCUGGACUUCUCACAGUGCGCAGUCAAGUACAUCACCCAGAAGACUGUGCUGCUUCGCAAUGCUGGCCACCAGGAAGCUCAUUUCCAGCUGAGCACCCAGAGCCCUUUCUCUGUCACUCCGGCCACGGGAACUCUGGGCAUCGGUGACAGCGUGCAGGUGACAGUGGGAUUUCUGCCAAUGUGGACUGGUGACUAUUCUGCGUCCCUUGUCAUGCACUACGACACAGGUGAAGACACCCACACAAGCCUUCAUGGAAGAGCUGUGGAUGUGGACAUCACGCUGGACAGGAAUACCGUGGCGGCUGCGAAGACGUACAUCACACUGUCACACCGCGCAACCGUGCUCAUCCACAACCGGAGCGAUGUCACAGCGUGCUUCCAGUGGAAGGCUCUCGGCCCUCAGGAUCCGGAGAAGCACCUGAAGCUGAGGUGGGUUUGCAAGAUGCCCAAGGGCUCAAACUAA